AUGGAGGUACCUUACAUUCCUUCUAGAGGACUCAGGCAAGGGGAUCCUUUAUCCCCUUACCUUUUCAUUUUAUCUAUGGAGUACAUGGACAGAUCUUUAUCUGUGGCGGAAUCUCUUAAUCUAUUGAAAGAUAAGCAGAGUAUUGCUCAAGUCAAGACUUUUCUCAAGAAAUUUAGUGAACUCUCAGGUCAACUUAUUAAUUUUUCGAAAUCAUCAGCUUUUAUUACAGAAGAUCUAAUGUAUGAAGACAAGUUAGCAAUCAGAAAUGAGUUAGGGGUUAAAGAAUUAUGCACAUCAGAUAAAUACCUAGGACUUCCUUUACUUCUAGGUAAAUCUAAGAAUACCUCUUUUAGUUCCAUACAUGAUUCUUAUGAACAUAAAUUUCAAGGUUGGUGUGCUAAGACUCUUAACCAAGCAGCAAGAUCAACAUUGGCUACCAAAAAACACAAUAAGGAAGCUAGAUUCUUUGCAAAGGAAAUUCUGGUGGGUCAUAAAUCAAAUAGAGGCCUGAAUUUGAUUGCUUGGGACUCUCUUUGCCGCUCUAAAUCAGAUGGUGGUCUAGCCUUUAGAAAUCUGGAACAGUGGGAUGUUAGAUGUGGAACUAGAAUACUAGUCUGGUAUGACAAAUGGGUACAAGGUUUAGACUGCCCACCUACACCAAAUGCUUCUUUUGGAGAGCCUGCUAGAAUUGUUUAUGUUUCGGACUUAAUGCGGCAGAAUCCAAGAAGAUGGAAUGUUCAGCUUGUAACAGAUCUCUUUCCACCAGAAAUGGCCAAUUCUAUCUUGAAUAUGAAUUUGGUUCAAGUUGGAAAUGACAAGAUGAUCUGGGAACCAAGUAGAAAUGGUGAAUUUUCAGUUAAGUCCACUUAUAAUGCUCUAAUGCGACAAAGUGGCUUAGCUGUUAAUUCUCAACAGCAUAGUUCCAACAUAAACUGGAAGUAUUUAUGGAAAACUAACCCUCCCCAUAAGGUUAAACUUAUCAUUUGGAAAUGCCUUAAGGGUAUUGUUCCGACUGCAGUUGAGCUGUACAAGUAUAGAAAGGACAUAAAUACUAUCUGCCCUAGGUGCUCUCAGGACCAUGAAACUCUACAACACCUUCUAAUUGAUUGUCAUCAUUCUAAGUCCUUAUGGUUAGCUAUGAAUGUUAAUGUAGCUCAAUUACAGCAGAGACACAUUCAAGUUACAGAUUGGAUUGCAAGUUGGUUUGAUAAUUCUUCUGUCAGUUAUUCCCGAGACAAGGAAGUUUGGACUGCAACUGUGAUGAUAACAACUUAG